AUGGUGCGCCAGCACUUGCAGCCUGGCGCCUGCUUCGCAGCCCGCAGCGUGCACGCGCGAGCAGGCCAUGGUGAUGGGCAACAGCAACCCGUCGAUCCCGCGUCAGCGCCCGAGACGCAAACCAGAAACGUCCGCAGCGACGUCGACGAGCUCUCGCACACCCCAGACAGCGACUUUGGUGGCGCGCCACGCGGUGACGUCACCGAGCAUCAGCAUCACGAUGGUGAGGCAGCGCCAGCGGCGGACCAGCAGCUGGCGGAGGGGGCCCACCCGGCCGACCCCUACGCACAGGCAGGGGAGGCGCCACCUCGGCCGGAUGACAUGCACGAUGAGGACGAUGCCGCGCCCCCAUCCGCUUCCUUCCCCGCCUGA